GUCCAUCCUGCAUCUUUCUCUCCUCGUCUCAUUUUGUUGUCGGAUUCAAACAGAAAGCCUGCUAGUUGGCUAGGGAUUCAAUUUUGGGAACAUGAUCCCGGAUAUCAGCAAGUGUGCUCUUGGGAUUGCUACGACGUGACGUCCGUCUCAGGACGUGACCCGACCCGACUCCGAUCAAUCUCCAAUCUUGGGCCGGAUUGUGUCUGCCCACCAUGGUGAAGAAGUACCUUACCUCGCAUGGGAAAUCUUUCAUCUUAAGAUAUUCCCCCCAAACCCUUAUCCCGCCGGUCGCCCAACGAUAUCUGGACCUCCCGGUUCAUCCGCUCCGACCCAAGAUCCAGCACAUGUACGACAACCGAGACCCCGAGACCCUGUGGUGGCGCGUGUCGUUGCAUCAGUUCGGGCAAUAUAAGCGAGUGGUCCGGUCGUGGACAGCCCGGAGAGCGCGGGUCGCAUUCCGGGAGGCCUUGAAACAGCAUGGGUUUGACGAGGCAGGCAAGCGAUUGGAGCCUGGGACUACGGGGUACGGCUGCAUGGAUAGCCCUAAUGGAGGCUUGAAGGGGUCGUUGGAGGUGAUUGUGCGGUUGGAGAGUAUCGACGAACCGUUCGCGGAGGUGCAGUCCGAUAUGCACUCUUCAUUUGACCAGCUAGUCGACAAGACGCGAGUUCUGGGGUCGCAGGGAGUAACCUCUUCUACCCCAGCGCGCAAAACGGGCCUGUGGCAACCAAAAUGGUCGGGGAAGACGAACAAUAAUGGGCAAUGACAUGUAUCAUAG